CCGUGUUGGUGACCUGUCAGCGUUGUAGUCUUCAGCCUCCUACUACUAAUAAAUAGUAUUUAUUGGGUCUUGUAGAUAUUGGCCCCCGGCGGAGCGAGCCCAGGGCCGUCAGCCCCGCCUCUUACCCCCCCUGGUGUCGUUAGUGAUGUGAGAUAAGAGUCGGGCUGAAGUUAACUCCACAUUAGCCUCCGCGGUGCUAGCGGCGCUAGCUCCCCUGCUGACGGGACGAGGGCAGGAAGCCGAGGCUGAAACCGCCCACCUCCACACACUGAUCCGGGCAGAACCUGCACGAUGGAGGCCCAAAGCUCCUGCGAGCUGCUGUUGUCCAGGAAGAGAAGAAGAGAAGACUCCAAUGGAGAGACUGAGGAGGGGGAAAGACUAGGGAAAAUCCCCAGAUGCACCGUGGGAUUGAAACACCCUGCACCUUUUGCAGAUGAACUUGUACCGGCUGAUAAACCCUAUGAGAGAGUCAGCAUGGAGGUGGCAAAGAGGGGAACGCCCUCUAACAGACCAGUGCGAGUCUAUGCAGAUGGCAUCUUUGAUGUUUUUCACUCAGGUCACGCCAGAGCUCUCAUGCAGGCUAAAUGCCUCUUUCCAAAUACGCAUCUUAUUGUAGGAGUGUGCAGUGAUGAUCUAACCCACAAAUACAAGGGCUUCACUGUGAUGAAUGAGGAUGAACGGUAUGAUGCUAUCAGACAUUGUCGCUACGUGGAUGAAGUGGUACGAAACGCUCCCUGGACAUUAUCGCCAGAGUUCCUCGCUAGACAUCGUAUCGACUUUGUGGCCCAUGACGACAUUCCGUACUCAUCAGCGGGCAGUGAUGACGUGUACAAGCACAUUAAAGAAGCUGGCAUGUUUGCCCCAACGCAGCGCACGGAGGGCAUAUCCACGUCUGACAUCAUCACUCGCAUUGUCAGAGACUACGAUGUGUAUGUGAGGCGCAACCUGCAGAGAGGAUACACAGCCAAAGAACUUAACGUCAGCUUCAUCAAUGAAAAGAAGUACCACUUGCAGGAGCGUGUGGACAAAGUGAAGAGGAAGGUACGUGACGUUGAGGAGAAGAGCAAAGAAUUUGUCCAGAAGGUGGAGGAGAAAAGCAUUGACCUCAUCCAGAAGUGGGAGGAGAAAUCCAGGGAAUUCAUUGGUAACUUCUUACAGAUGUUUGGCCCUGAAGGAGCUCUGAAGCACAUGCUGAAGGAAGGGAAAGGCCGCAUGCUGCAGGCCAUCAGCCCCCGGCAGAGUCCCAGCAGCAGCCCCACCCGCGAGGAGCGCUCGCCGUCUCCCACAUUCCGGCUCCCGUUCUUCUCCAAGACGUCCCCUCCCCCGUCCCCUCCCCCCCACCACAGCGGGGCCCGCGGAUACCUCAUCAGUGAUGACGACGACGACGAAGAUGAUGAAAGCUAAACUGCAUCCGAUCCUCCGCCGGGGUCGUAGUCAGCGCUACCAGUUCACUGGGUUUUCAUCGAGCUCCUGCUUCAAAUUUUAUUUUGGUUCUUGUUUAACUUUUAGAACUUGAGCGUCAGAGUCACUUGUAACAACCAGGUUCUCCUCCGUUCUUGUUUUUAACAGCCAGUUUUCCAUUCUUUACGUUUCUGUGGUCAGUAGCGUUGCCACUAAUCACCCAGGAGUUAGUUUCAUUUAUCUCUGUCACUUUUUAUGUUGUCACUCACUGUCACUUAGGAAGACUUUCAGGUGUUUCACUCACUGCACAGUACCAUCUAAGAUGGUACUUUUUAGCUUAGCGUUAAGGUGCAGUAGGAGGUUUUGCUUUCGUUAUGGCUUCAGCAGGAAGGCUUGUAGGUGUUUUGGUCACUUGUUGCUGCAGAUGUAGUUUCAACAUGGAAGAGGCGAACUGAGGGAUUAUGAGACACUAUUUAGUAUCAUGGGGGGACGUUUGUCAGAGAGGAUCAGGAUACUUUUUUAAAUGGCCUAUUUGUGUGUUAGGACAGUUUAUUUUCACACUAAAUUAACCUAAUUUUGCUUUUCACAUAACACCAGGAAGACUCCAGAUUACUUUGGGUCCGAGUUGAAUCUAAGUACAUGUCAUCUAAAUGGCAGCUUUUUCCCGAGGCUCGUCUGCCUGAGCGGGGCUGUGCUUGCAUGUGUAUAUGCAUGUAAUGUUCACGUGUGCAAGCUCUUCAUGUCAAUGCAUUGAUUGACAGAUUUGGUCCCAGUUUUUACUUUAUUGCAUAUAGUAAUAAAUUUGCUUUUAAAUUUUGUUUGCUUAUAAGAAUUAGUCUAUGGAGGACUACUUCAAGCUACAUGCCUUUCAAUGGUGUCUUUACUGUAAUGUAAUGCAGAUUGGGGCCUGUGGGGAAGGGGUUAUUUUCAUGAUGCCCAUCUUAUACUCCACAGUAUUACAAGUAUUAGAUCUUCAUAAAUAAAAAAAAAAAUGUUUAAAGACCACUUAUUUGGAAGAAAGUGUCCAGCUGCUGUCAUUUGGGGGGCAAAAAUGGGGACAUUUAAUGAAUGAAACUACCCCAAGGGUGGCUUGUUUGCAUGGCACUUCCUCUAAAGCAAGCAGACUGUUUCUCCCAGUUUGCAGUAGUUUAGAUUGUUUUUCAUUAAUAAACUGGACAGUACUGUUGCAGAGCACGAAGACAAAACUAGAUCAAACACGUGUCGCUACCUCCUUCCCUCAACUUGUUCUCCAAGAUGAGCACAAAAAGUGAGGACUUUUUCUUUUCAAAAAGGCACUGUUGCAGCAAUAACACAAAUAGGACUUCAAAUAUUUACAAAAUUCCAGUCUCCAUUCGGCCUGCAUCUCCAGUGACAAGACACUUGUCAUGUGUUCCUCUGAGAAUGAAUUCAACAUCACAUCUGUUAACAGAUGCCAAAUUAAUUCGAUGUAGGCUCAACUUCCCUCAAUCCUACUUAGUUUUCCUAAGUUCAUGCAGGUGCACAUCAGAAUUAUAGGUCCAGUGUAUUAUGCUCAGACAGAUCCAGCCAAGAUUUUGGUGCUAUGCUGCUUUCGGGAAGCCUUGCUUUGAUUCUCGUGGAAUCUUUCCUUUAAAUCAGUGUGAAUUUCAGUGUGAGCAUGUCCGUGUGAAGAAAGGAGUAGCAAGCCAAUAACAGCCACUACUUAUGAGAUGCAAACAGAAGUAAUGUUUCUCCAAGUAAAUGUUUUCAAUGUCUUAUGUUACUGUGUGGAGUCUUAAAACCUGGUUGUAGAAGAAAAAGCAAAACAGUUUAUUAAAAACCACAUUGGCCAAAAA